ACGAAAAUGACAUGAAAAGCAUAAAAGUACAAAACAACAGAUUUCACGGCCGUCAUAACAACAAAAUUUUAAUUUGCAAUUGUAAUUGUAACGCGUAAAUGUCGAUAAAGUACAGCUAAACGAGCCAGGAUUGCUGAUAAGUGUAACUGAAAUGGAAUGAAUUGAUAAGUCGACCACAUUUUUAAGUGUUUUUGAACGAUGGUGGAUUCGAAAUAAUAAGUAUCUUGUUCAGAAUAGAGUGAUAUCGAAAAAAAUCAUUGAUGCAAAAAAUUGCUUUCCUCUGCGCUUUUUCAUUAGCCGGAUUGUAAAAUCGAAGCUGUAGUGGAGGUUUUCGGCGAUUAUAGCCUUUCUUCAAUCGACGUUUAGCGAAAAUGGUUCGCAUUCGACGAAAAUUCCUAUUCAUUCUAACCGGAACUGCGCUGUUCAUCUUUCUGUUACUGUAUGUCAUCCUGAACCGUUCGAUUUCAAUGGAAAAGCCUAGUAAUGAUUUUCUCUUGUUAGAGGACAAAAUCAAACAGCUAGAAACGGGAUUGAAUAAACACCGACGAGAGUUUGGUGCCAUGAAGCAACAGUUUGACACUAUUCGGUCGAACGGAGGUCAGCAAGAUCGUAGAAACGACGGUGAUGACUACGGGGAGGAAUCCCGACUGGAUAAAGUCCCCGCAGUAGCGGCACCACAUUUGGGUAACCGGGAAAUGAUCAAGGAUUCGGUGAUCAGUGCUAACCGGGAUACCGGUGGAAGCUGCGCACUGCGGACGGAUAUUGUUCCACAGCCGGAUAUCCAGAUGCUGGAUAUGUACGAGAAUGUUCCCUUUGAUAACAUUGACGGGGGUCCUUGGAAGCAGGGCUGGAGGGUGACGUAUGACGAAAAGCAUUGGAAUCAACACCACAAGUUGAAGGUAUUUGUGGUACCGCAUUCCCACAACGACCCCGGUUGGAUUCAAACCUUUGACGAGUAUUACGAGCAUCAGACGAAGGGUAUUUUUGCAAACAUGCUGAGACAUCUGGAAGAGAAUUCUGGAAUGAAAUUUAUCUGGGCAGAAAUAAGCUACUUUUCGCGAUGGUAUGAUAAUUUGGUCCCGCAGCAGAAAGAUAUGGUGAAGAAGUUGAUUAAAAAAGGGCAACUUGAUUUUGUAACUGGCGGGUGGGUGAUGUCGGACGAGGCCAACUCGCAUUGGUACUCGAUUUUGCUGCAGUUGACGGAGGGUCACACUUGGCUCAAGACACGUCUUAACAUCACGCCAACUUCGUCUUGGACAAUCGACCCGUUUGGUGAGUCGGCAACGGUUCCAUACAUUCUCAAAAACUCUGGCUUUGAGAACCUGCUGAUCCAGCGAACGCACUAUAUUGUUAAGAAAACUUUGGCGCAAAAACAGCAACUUGAAUUCCGUUGGCGUCAGCUGUGGGAUACCCGAGGUGAAACGGAUCUGCUGACACAUAUGAUGCCUUUUUACUCGUAUGACAUUCCCCAUACUUGUGGUCCUGAUCCGAAAAUUUGCUGUCAGUUUGAUUUUAAGCGUAUGCCCCAGUUCGGAUUGUCCUGUCCGUGGCGAGUGCCGCCACAGCCGAUUACCGAUGAAAAUGUGGCUAAAAAAGCCGAAUUGAUUGUGGAUCAGUGGCGGAAGAAGUCAGUGCUCUACAAGACGCGAAGUGUACUGAUUCCACUGGGUGACGAUUUCCGCUAUACCCACAGUAAGGAAUGGGAAGCCCAACGGGUUAACUAUGAGAAACUUUUUGAAUAUAUGAACAAUGAACCAUCGCUAAACGUGGAAGCCAAGUUUGCGACGUUGCAAGAGUACUUUAAUUCCGUUCGGUCUACUAUGGAUGUGGAAAAGUUUCCAUCGUUAAGUGGUGAUUUCUUCACCUACGCCGACGUAAAUGAGGACUACUGGAGCGGAUAUUACACCUCGCGGCCGUUCCACAAGCGGCAAGAUCGUAUCUUGAUGAACUACAUUCGAACGGCGGAUAUGCUGCAUUCCUGGCACAGCUGGGACGAUGAAGCGGAUUUGGAGCGCAGACUGCAGUACGCAAGGCAGGAGUUGUCAUUAUUUCAGCACCAUGAUGGCAUUACUGGAACGGCAAAAAAUCACGUGGUUGUAGAUUAUGCCAACCGGAUGGCGAAGGCGAUCGAAGAAUGCAAGUUCGUUAUGCAACAAGCUGUUUACAGACUUCUAACAAAACCCUCCGUCUACCAAGCGGAUCCAAAAUUCAGCUACCUUAGUAUUGAUGAUUCUCGUACAGUUGACGGACUGGAUACAUUCCGGCCAACGAUUAUCAUAGGCGAUGAGCUACCUAUCAAGCACUUGGUUGUCCAUAACUCGCUACCGCAUCAGCGGGAAGAGUUAGUAGAGGUCUACAUAGGUAAACCGUUCGUUACCGUGCAGGAUGCACGUGAUGGUUCGACCGUCACCUGUCAGGUCGCACCGGUAUGGACAUGGACUACCAGAUCCGAUGGAACCAGCACACCACAGGCAUCCACCACCAAAUUUCGACUACUGUUUCGCGCCUCGGUACCUCCGCUGGGUUUGGUGGUAUACACUAUCAUCUCUCGCAAUCACGCCGGUGAAAGCACUGGAGUUUCUUAUGCAAAAGUGACUAUACUUACGCACACGCCGUUUUCGAUCAAUCUCAAUGGUUAUCCGGAAGUCGCAGAAUUCAGCGACCCGAGAGAAACUUCGCUGAAGAUUGGUGAAGGUCCGGGAGCUUCGUUCAUUGCGAGUGGCCUGCUUAAAUCACUAUCCAUCGAAAGCCAUACUGUGCCGGUUCAUUUGGACUUCCUGAGAUAUGGAAUGCGAUUCGAGUCCGGUAAGAGUGGUGCCUACCUAUUUCAUCCGGAUGGACCGGCAACAAGACUGCGGCUGGGUGAUCCUGUUGUGCUGAUCGUAAAAGGUUCGUUGGAAGCCAGUGUAACCACCGGACUACCGUUUGCGGUGCAUCAAACGAUCCUACGAGGAGACGCUGUAGAAAUUCGAAAUCUGGUGGACAUUGGAGAACAGGAAAAUACGGAGAUUGUCAUGCGCGUUUCCACAAAUAUCAACAGUGGAGAGUAUUACUAUACCGAUCUCAAUGGAAUGCAAAUGAUCAAACGAAAACGGUUCAACAAAUUGCCACUGCAGGCCCAGUACUAUCCCGUUCCGUCCGCUAUGUUUAUCCAGGAUGAUAACCUGAGGCUUACGAUAUUGUCUGGACAACCGCUGGGCGGUGCGUCCUUGAAGACAGGAGAGAUGGAAAUAAUGCAAGAUCGUCGACUGUCGCAGGAUGACGACCGUGGUCUAGGUCACGGCGUACUGGACAAUCUUCCCGUUCUGCAUCUAUUCCGAUUGGUGCUGGAAAGUCGUGAGUCAUGCACGAAACUCGAUCCCGGCUAUCCGGCGGGUUUCUUGACAGCCGGUGCACACGCUGAGUUAAAAGCACUACUCCAUCCGUUGGAGAAACUAAUUUUCAACGAGAAUGAAUGGACCGGACUGGUGCCUAGCUUCGGUGUCAAUCACGAACCCCUAGAGAAAGGGAUGGAGGUUGUGGCGUUGAGGAACCUACCGCACGUGUUGAUUGGUAAAGAGAAAAAAUCUGCUGUUGGGUUAGUCGUACAUCGGACAAAUUUUGAAGACUGUGGCUCUGAAGCGAGCGGUGAGGGAAAUUUGAACAUUAAAAAGCUACUCAACUUGGACGAUGGACACGAAAUUUACGCCUCACUGCUGACUUUACUGCGGAAACAAGAACUGGUGUCAUCCGAUGAUAUCAGUCUAUGUCCGAUGGAUAUUAAGGCAUACAUUAUACAGCGAUAAACAGCGGACGUCUGAAAAUGGCAUGUUUGUUCUGAUUCCAUGUUAAUUUAAUGUAACAGCAGACUAUGUUUGAAACAAAUGCACGCUUAAGGGGCACAGCCGUUCCCUUAUUUUAUAAGAGAAGUAAUUUAUUAUAGUAGCUACUGGUAGAGACGAAUGAACCAAGUUCUUGUGAUGUCCGGUCGUAUUCUGCAUACCCAAAAUUCGCCGAUUCCUUAUUUGUGUGUGUACUGCUUCAAGUCUUCUCGUUUUUCUGUGUGAAAUAAUAGCAGGACUGGGAAUACUAAUGAAUGAUUCGUCGAUGCUGCUGACAACUUACAUUUAGGGGUGCAAUUUUGUUCGAGUGUACGAUUGGUUUAACGUGGAAACACACGUUUAAUAUCCAGAAUCCACUAAGUAAGAGUAAAUUUCAAUAAUGAUGUGACACAUUAAAUCCAAGAGGCGAUGAUAGUGAUAAAUUUAUAACAGAGAACAAAAUACAAUUGAUUAAAAACAAAUACGUGAGAAAAAUCAACACACGAAAAUGCGUAUUAUAUGACAAUUUCAUACUAAAGUCAGUUGUUUACUAUAGGAACUGUGACAA